GUUCAUUCAGCUGAAACUGGAACGUGCCACUCCGGCAGAGCGUCAGCUGGUGUUCAACGAGAUCCUCCAGGCAGCUUAUCAGCUCAUGGUGGAUGUGUUUGGGAACUAUGUCAUCCAGAAGUUCUUUGAAUUUGGCAGCCUGGAGCAGAAGUUGGCCUUGGCAGAACGCAUCCGUGGGCACGUGCUGUCCCUGGCUCUGCAGAUGUAUGGCUGCAGGGUGAUCCAGAAGGCCCUGGAGUUUAUUCCCCCAGACCAGCAGGUAAUUAACGAGAUGGUUCGGGAGCUGGAUGGACACGUCCUCAAGUGUGUGAAAGACCAGAAUGGGAACCAUGUGGUGCAGAAGUGCAUUGAGUGUGUGCAGCCUCAGUCCCUGCAGUUCAUUAUCGAUGCCUUUAAGGGACAGGUUUUUGCAUUGUCCACACACCCCUAUGGCUGCCGUGUGAUCCAGAGGAUCCUGGAGCACUGUCUUCCAGAGCAGACCCUUCCCAUCUUGGAGGAGCUUCACCAACACACUGAGCAGCUGGUCCAGGACCAGUAUGGGAACUAUGUUAUCCAGCAUGUCCUAGAACAUGGUCGGCCUGAGGAUAAGAGCAAGAUUGUAGCAGAGAUCAGAGGCAACGUGCUCGUCUUGAGUCAACAUAAGUUUGCUAGCAACGUGGUGGAGAAGUGUGUGACCCACGCGUCGCGCACGGAGCGCGCGAUGCUGAUCGACGAGGUGUGCACUAUGAACGACGGCCCUCACAGUGCCUUAUACACCAUGAUGAAGGAUCAGUAUGCCAACUAUGUGGUGCAGAAGAUGAUCGAUGUGGCAGAGCCAGCGCAGAGGAAGAUUGUCAUGCACAAG